AUGACUGAAACGGAUGGCACCUCAACAUCUACCACUAAGUAUCCGAAACUUGGUGGCUAUGAGUUCUAUCACAAAGUGCUAAAGUCUCCAAAGUUUGUCGUUGCUCCAAUGGUGGACCAAAGUGAAUUGGCAUGGCGUAUGAUGUGCCGGAAAUACAAAGCAGAUCUUUGUUAUUCGCCCAUGUUCCACAGCAAUUUAUUUGCCAAUGAUGUGAAAUAUCGCAAAGAUGCCCUGCAAACAUGUCCAGAAGAUAGACCGCUUAUUAUACAGUUCUGUGGCAAUGAUCCCUCUACUCUACUAGAAGCAGCGACAUUGGCUCAGGAUUAUUGUGAUGCUGUCGAUAUUAAUUUAGGUUGCCCUCAGGCUAUAGCUAAACGUGGUCAUUAUGGUGCUUUUCUGCAAGAGGAAUGGGAAUUGCUGGCUGAGAUUGUGAGAACGCUGCAUGUCAAUCUUAAGGUUCCGAUUACAUGUAAAAUCCGUAUAUUCGAAGACAGAGAGAAAACCAUUCGCUAUGCACAAAUGCUGGAGAAGGCUGGUUGCCAACUGCUCACGGUACAUGGACGGACAAGGGAACAAAAAGGUCCUCUAACGGGUGUAGCAGAUUGGUCGUAUAUCCGCGAGGUUAGAGAAAAUAUUAAAAUUCCCAUGUUUGCCAACGGGAAUAUACUGGGUUUGGAGGACAUCCACCGAUGUAUUGAGGAAACUGGAGUGGAUGGUGUAAUGACGGCCGAAGGUAACCUACACAACCCCGCUCUAUUUACUGGUAUGCAAGCAAAGUCAUGGGAAAUGGCUAGUGAAUAUUUGGACUAUGUCGAAAAGUAUCCGUGCCCUAUUUCAUUUAUUCGUGGACAUUGUUUCAAGAUAUUCCAUCAUUUAAUGAAUUUAAGACCCAACAGCGAUUUACGAGAGGAACUUGCGGUAGCAAAUAGUUUAGACAAAUUUCGUGUCGUUGUAAAAAAGGUGCAAUCCAAAUAUGAGCCCUAUCACGAAGGCUUACAAUUGUAUGAAGAAGAAGAAGUGGAUCCAAGUGUGGUACAAGAGGAGUUAGGCUAUAAUUUGGCACUUCCGCCCUGGUUAUGUCAGCCAUAUAUAAGAGUUCCACCUGAAAUGCAUAAGCAAAUUCUGGCAGAGAAAGCCCGUUUGGCUGAAGAUCCAAAUCGUGAAAAGCGACAAUAUUUUGACAAUGAAGGUCAGGAGAUAUCACGAAAACGUAUGAAAAAACUCAGACGUCGUAUGCGCCGACCCAAUAAACCCGAAGGUCGGCACGAACGUAAUUUGGAAAAUUGUAGUGAUUGCACAAAUCCUAUGGGUUCGAAAUGUGAAUAUCAACUUUGUCGUAUUUGCUGUAGAGAGAAAUGCUAUAGUGAAGAUAUGGAUUGUCGCGGCCAUGGAAUUUUAAUAAAAUCACGAAGAGCUAAGGCCAAAUUAUUUGAAGAAUCAAAAAAUGAUUCGGGCGUUGCUGAUGAAGCUGAAGACGAAUCGGAUAAAAGUAUGAAAGAUAGUAAUGACAAUGGUACGGCACAACAUGAAAAAGGAGAAAUUAGCAAUGAAUCAAAUAAAUUAAACGAACAAUUAAGCAGAUGA